AUGGAAAAGUAUAAUUUCCCGACGGAUCCCAUCGCUGAAGACGCAGCUAUCGUCAAGGGCGAGACGUAUCGGUUCACGCUCAUCAACGAGUCUGUGCUUCGGUACGAAUGGGCCCAUGAUGGUGCCUUCGAGGAUCGACCCUCGGCAUUUGCCAUCAAUCGACGAUUCACACCCACGCCAGAGCACAGAGUCGUCGACAAGGAUGGCCGGCUGGAGAUCAUCACAAGUAAAUAUCACCUGAGCUAUGACAAGAAGCGCUUCAGCACUCACGGCUUGACCGUCAGCUUCAAUGGCAAGACGACGCUCUGGGGCGCAGACUGGCGCUUUGGCGAAGAGACGGACAAGAAUCUGGGCGGCACCGCGAGGACGCUCGAUGGCGUCAAUGGACGCUGCGACAUGGGGAAGGGCAUCCUCUCGAGGGACGGCCACUGCGCCAUUGACGACAGCGAGUCAAUGCUGUUUGAGAAGAACGGCUUCGCCGGCCCUCGCAAAGAAGGCGACCGAGUGGACGGCUACCUCUUUGUCUACGACCACGACUACAGAGGCGCCAUGAAGUCAUUCUAUGCCAUCUCCGGGCACCAGCCUCUGUUGCCGCGAUGGGCCUUGGGCAACUGGUGGAGUCGAUACUAUGCAUACACAGCACAGGAGUAUAUCGCGCUAAUGGACGACUUUGGCGCGCAUAACGUGCCCUUGUCCGUCGCAGUCCUCGACAUGGACUGGCACCAGGUCGCCGGCGACCAUGUGCCUCACGCUGGAUGGACAGGCUAUUCCUGGAACAGGGACCUCUUUCCAGACCCCGAGGGCUUUUGCGAGGCUCUGCACAGGAGACGGCUGAGAAUCACCCUCAACGACCAUCCCCAUGCCGGUGUCCACUCCCACGAAGACUUGUACGAGGAGUUCGCGGCAGCCGUGGGCCACGACACGUCCGACAAGGCGCCUGUCCUCUUCGACCCCGCGUCCGAAAAGUUUAUGGACGCCUAUCUGAACGUGCUGCACAGGCGGAUCGAAGAGCAGGGCUGCGACUUUUGGUGGAUCGACUGGCAACAGGGCCCGUACUCGCGCAUCCCAGGCCUCGACCCCUUGUGGCUGCUCAACCACUUCCACUUCUUGGACAACAAGUACGCCCGCCCGGAUACCCGCCCCAUCAUAUUCUCACGCUACGGCGGACCCGGCAGCCAUCGGUACCCGGUAGGCUUCUCGGGGGACUCCAUCGUCACGUGGGAGUCACUCCAGUUCCAGCCCGAGUUCACGGCCACGGCGUCCAACAUUGGCUACGGCUGGUGGAGCCACGACAUUGGCGGUCACAUGGGCGGCUACCGCGAUGACGAGCUCGAGACGCGGUGGGUGCAGCUCGGUGUGUUCUCGCCUCUCAUGAGGCUGCACAGCACACAGAAUCGCUGGGCUUCCAAGGAGCCAUGGAACUACCAAGCGGAGCACGACAAGGUCAUGUGCGAAGUCAUGCGCUUCCGUCAUCGACUGGUGCCGUAUCUGCACAGCAUGAACAAGAACGCGGCGGCCAAUGACGAGCCUCUGGUCCAGCCUCUGUAUUGGGGGUAUCCAUCUCGCGAGGAAGCCUAUCAAAAGCCGAAUGAGUACUUUUUUGGCUCAGAGCUUCUCGUUGCGCCCAUCGUGCAUCCUCGAAACAAGACAACAAAGCAGGCUGGCGUUGACGUUUGGGUGCCUCCCGGGCGCUAUGUGGACAUCUUCAAGGGGCUGGUAUACGACGGUGACAGGCAGAUCAGGAUGUAUCGUCCCCUGGACAGCAUCCCCGUGCUAGCUGCUGAGGGAUCCGUCCUCGCUCUGGAUGCGGAGCAGUCGCCCGAGAACGGCUGCCGCAAUCCGUCCGUGCUGGAGGUCAUCGUCGUGGUCGGCCAAGAUGGCUUCUUCCAUCUCUAUGAAGACCCGGCCGAUGACAACUUGGAUGUGAAGCUGGAGCAGCCACAGCGGUCUCGCCGCACUCUCGUUGAGUACAAUCAAGACGCGGGCCGUGUCGACGUCACGAGCUCCGACAAGAGCUGGACCUUCCGCUUCCUGGGCAUGCGGGUGGUCCCUGAGUCUAUCGUCGUGGAGAGGGGGGGUGCCAAGGUGGAGGAUGCCGAGUCCAGCGUUGACACGUCCAGCGUGCCGUCACUGAUUGUCCAGGUGCCCAACUCGGCCGGGGGCGACGCGACGGUGUCGGUGACGAUUGGCCCGAACCCGCAGAUGGGCAUCGUGGAUCACUCCAAGCGAAUCGAGGAGCUGGUCAUGGGGUACCAGACCGACUUUGCGGCCAAGGACAGGAUCUUUGAUGUCUGCAACGGUUCUCACUCGGCUGCUGUCAAGGUCGCUGAGCUGACGAGCCUGGGGCUGGAUAAGGAGGUGACUGGUCCCAUGAUCGAGUUGCUGACAGCAGACAGUCGCACUUUGUAG